AUGCCAGGGCGCUGUAGGAGAGCAUGGCUGUGCGUCCUCUUGCCUCUGUGCAUGAAAUGGCAUCUGCCAACAUUUGGCAUCUCUCGAGGUGUGAAACAAGCUGCGCAGGCGAGAGGCUUGCGUUUGCGUAGCCGUGUUACAGAAGUCGGAGGCGACAAUGUUCAGUUGACAGCUUCAGAAAGAAGCUCUUUAAACUUAAUAUCACAGGCUGCAGAAAAUCUGGAUUGGAUUCGUGCGAAGGCUACCUCGGAUCGCUGCAAUCAGCAUAAGACGCCUCUUUGCAAUGCAGCUAUGCAUGCCGCUUUCAGGUGCGGAAACUACCAGGCUGGUGCUCGCAUAUACACGCAAAUGUGCGACAGAGGUACGCUUGUCACCGGCGUGACCUACAACUGCGCAAUACGUCUAUUCUCUAAACUUGGGCAACAGGGCAAGAUCUUAGAAUUGUGGGAGGAGGCCAGGAGCAACUGGACUUCUUGGGUCCCGGGGCAGAGGUAUCUCCUUCUGAGCGAGAUGGUGAAUGCAUUUGCAGACUCAGGGAAUGUAACUGGGAUUGGUGUUUUCUUGGAUACCAUCUGCAAGGAAGGCUUUGAGAUCGACGAGGGUACUUGGGGCGCUGCACUGAAUGGGUGCAAGAAUGCUGGUGCCGCAUCUGUUGCUGAAUACUUCCUCAAAUUGAUGAGGCAGUUCAAUGUGUCUGCGAACCUCAUUCACCAUACCCUUGUUAUGGGCGCAUAUGCAGGGCGCUCACUUGAAAACAUCACCAGAGUUGCCGAGAAUUCGGAGCCUCUGGGAAUCGAUGAAUACUUCGUGGAAAUGCAUGUGACCUCCCUCGCCGGCCCCUACAAGAAUACAUCCAAGACAAGGAACGUGGCUGAUGCCUUGGAGAUUGUACAAAAAGCCAACAGCUCGCACAACGCAGCGGCGCUUAACGUAAUUGCUGAUGCACAGUCCCGGGCAUCGCUUUAA